AUGGGUGCCACAGAUAACCAGGGUUCGUUUCUGAACCGAAUCAGCAUCCGAAGAAACCAGGUGGUUUCCAUGGAAGGCAACCACGAGCAAGAGCUCGAAGACCUCGAACACUUCCAGAAGCACGUCGCCGAUCGAUUCUCCGACCUCUUAUCUCCCUCGGAAGACUUUCCCUCCGACCCGAUGCUAUCAAUUGCGUGGGUCCGGAAGCUGCUCGACGUUUUUCUCUGCUGCGAGGCCGAGUUCAAGGCUGUUCUGCUGAUGGGUCGAGACCAAUCUCAGAUUUCCAAGCCCCCACUCGACCGUCUCGUCCCCGAGUUCUUGGACCGCGUUGUCAAAGCGUUGGACAUUUGCAAUGCGGUCUCGCACGGGGUCGAUUCCGUCAGGCAUUUCCAGAAGCUGGCUGAGAUUGCGGUCUCUGCUCUGGAGCAGAGGCCGAUUGGGGACGGCCAGGUUCGGAGAGCGAAGAAGGCGCUGAGCGCGCUGGUGACCGGGAUGGCGGUGGAGGACAAAGAAGGGGGUGGAAACAAAGCCACCGAAAGAAACUGGUCUUUCGGUCGCAGGAGUGGCGUUUCUGCCCCUAAUAAAGAGCGGGCUGUCGGGCAUUUUCGGGCUUUGUCGUGGGGAAUGUCAAAAGGCUGGUCCGCCGCCAAGCAAAUUCAGGCGAUGUCGAGCAAUCUGGUGGCUCCGAAAGGCAAUGAGGCCUCUGGGUUGGCCCAGCCGGUUUACAUAAUGAGCACAAUUAUGCUGUUUGUGAUGUGGAUGUUGGUGACGGCGAUCCCCUGCCAGGAGAGAACCGGGCUGAUGACGCAUUUUCCGGUGCCAAGGAAUUUGUCGUGGGCUCAGGCCAUGAUCGGCCUCCAGGAGAAAAUCACCGAGGAGUGGAAGAAGAAGGAGAAGAAGGGCUCGGCUGGCUUGCUCGAGGAGAUGCAGAAGAUGGAGAAAUUGGGGCAAAGUUUGAUCGAGUUUUCGGACUCUUUCCAGUUCCCCGCGGAGGCGGAAAAGCUGGAGGAGGUUGCUGCGCAGGUGGCGGAGUUGGCGGAGACUUGCAGGAAAAUGGAGGAGGGUUUGGUGCCUUUGCAACAGCAGAUCAGAGAGUUGUUUCACAGGGUGGUGAGGAGCAGGUCUGAGGUGCUUGAUGUUUUGGACCAAGGAGGCAAAGCCUCCGCGCCCGUCAUGUAA